UUGAAAACCUAAAGGAAUAGCAUUGUUUUUGAUUUCUUUCAGAUUGAAGACAUCAAAUCGUCUAUUUCUUGAAGUGAGAAAUUGAAUUGAUUUCCAUUCUUAUAAAUCAAAAACUUAAGCUAUCUGGUUGAUAUUCGAAGGACUGCACUGGGAUUUCGAGCUAUAAUGACCACAUCCAUGAAAAUUUGCAUAGCUUUUGAAACAUCAAAUACUAAAGCGAAGAAAAAUAUAUUCAAGUUCAAAUGGAUUCAGACUACAGGAACGGAAACAUAUUAUGAGAUUCCAGAAGACAAACAGAAUCCACAUGACCAUCAUGAACUUUUUGCUCUACCGAAGGUGAAAAAUAUCUUGAAAUCAAUGAAAACAAGAGGUUCAUUUCGUACGUGUGUUAUUUCAUUGACUCCGGAAUUGAAAGGAAUAUAUUUUGAUGCCGAAGAAGAUGUGAUGUUUAGGGAUGAGUAUUUACAAAUGACUUAUUCACCUGCAUACGUGAAAACAGAAUUUGGAGGAGAACUAGCAGAAUCACGAAAUACAACAGAACUGUCCUCAGGCAAGACCAAGGAGAAUAAAAAGGAUUUCAAGAAGAUAAAGGACAAUUUUGUGCUGAAUAAUUUUGAUGGGAAGAAUGUUUCCGUGACUUUAUGGUUGAAGAAAUUUGAGUCGGAAUGCAUGCGUUGUGGAGUGGAAGAAGAUAUGGACAAAAUUUUGAUUUUACGUUUGUUUCUGGAUGGGAUAGCGAAAGAAUGGUUUGAUUCUAAAUUAAUUAUAUUAGGUUUGGAAACUGAUUUUCAAAUAUGGAAAAAUAACUGCUUAGAUAGUUUUUGUGAAACAAGUUGGCAUAAGCAUAGAGAGGCAUAUUCAUUUAGGUACAUAGGAGGAAGUUUAGUUGACUACGCUUUCAGGAAAGAAAAUUUGUUGUUGAAUCUCCGAAAUAAUUUUCCAACUGACAUAUUAAUUGACUUAAUUGUGACAAGUUUGCCAAAUUUUUUACAAGAUAUAAUUGAUCGAUCAAAUGUAACAACUUUUGAGAAAUUAUUAGGUGAGUUACGAAAGUUAGAAGGUUCAACAAAAUAUGAAAAUGCUCGAAAUACCAAAAAUGGCAAAAUGAACAAAUCGGCCGAACAACUUCCUUCACUAACAAAAGCAGAUAAGAAGGAACCAUGUUCAAUUUGUGAUAAAAAUGGUUUCCCAGGGAGAUUCCAUCCAGAAGCUCUAUGUCGGCUAAAGAAUAGGAGAUUUAAUUUUUAA